AUGAAACGAGGUCGGCUUCCUAGCAGCAGUGAGGAUUCUGACGACAAUGGCAGUCUGUCCACCUGGUCCCAGCAUUCCAGAUCUCGACAUCGGAGGAGUUCGUGUUCCAAACAUGAAGAUCGAAAACCUUCUGAGGUGUUCAGAACGGACCUGAUCACUGCCAUGAAGUUACAUGACUCCUUCCAGCUGAACCCUGAUGAAUACUAUGUGCUGGCAGACCCCUGGAGGCAGGAGUGGGAAAAGGGAGUUCAGGUGCCAGUUAGCCCAGGGACCAUCCCAGAACCAGUAGCCAGGAUUGUGUCUGAGACGAAAGCUGUCACGUUUACGCGUCCCAGGAAGUACAUCGUUUCGUCAGGUUCGGAGCCUCCAGAGCUGGGCUAUGUUGACAUUCGAACCUUAGCAGACAGUGUGUGUCGCUACGAUCUCAAUGACGUGGAUGUAGCAUGGUUGCAACUUGCCAAUGAAGAAUUCAAAGAAAUGGGCAUGCCUGAGCUGGACGAGUACACGAUGGAAAGGGUCAUAGAGGAGUUUGAACAACGAUGCUACGAUAACAUGAAUCAUGCUAUCGAGACGGAAGAAGGACUCGGUAUUGAAUAUGACGAAGAUGUUGUCUGUGACGUCUGUCAGUCUCCAGAUGGAGAAGACGGCAACGAAAUGGUGUUUUGUGACAAAUGCAAUAUUUGCGUGCACCAGGCGUGUUACGGGAUCCUGAAGGUGCCGGAAGGCAGCUGGCUGUGCAGGACCUGCGCGCUUGGUGUUCGGCCUAAGUGUUUGCUGUGCCCCAAGAAGGGUGGUGCCAUGAAGCCGACCCGGAGCGGCACCAAGUGGGUCCAUGUUAGCUGUGCUCUGUGGAUUCCAGAGGUGAGCAUUGGCAGCCCAGAAAAAAUGGAGCCCAUUACGAAGGUUUCUCACAUUCCCAGCAGUAGAUGGGCACUGGUGUGCAGCCUUUGUAAUGAAAAAGUUGGAGCUUCUAUACAGUGUUCAGUGAAGAACUGCAGAACAGCCUUUCACGUCACCUGUGCGUUUGACCGUGGCUUGGAGAUGAAGACCAUACUGGCAGAGAACGAUGAGGUGAAAUUUAAGUCGUACUGUCCCAAGCACAGCUCCAGCAAGAAAGUGGAUGAUGACGCUUUCAGUGAAGGCCCAGGCCAGGAGAACGGGAAUGGGAUUCAGGACAGCUCCCCUCCUGCCCACAGCGACCCUUUUCACAGCAUGGAUCAAAACCAGGAGGAGGCACACAGAGUGAGCCUCCGCAAGCAAAAGCUCCAGCAACUGGAGGAUGAGUUCUAUACAUUUGUUGAGUCUUUGGACGUGGCUAAAGCGCUGCGGCUCCCGGAGGAGCCGGUGGAAUUCCUUUACCAGUACUGGAAACUAAAAAGAAAAGCCCACUUCAACAAGCCUUUGAUUACCCCAAAGAAGGAUGAAGAGGACAACCUGGCUAAACGGGAACAGGAUGUUCUAUUCAGAAGAUUGCAGCUCUUCACCCACCUCCGACAGGAUCUAGAGCGGGUGCGUAAUCUCACUUACAUGGUGACCCGAAGGGAAAAAAUCAAGAGGUCUGUUUGCAAAGUUCAAGAACAGAUAUUUAAUAUCUACGCAAAGCAGUUGGAACAAGAAAGAGUUUCAGGCGUGCCUUCCUCAUUCUCCUCAGUGGAAAACACGGUGUUGUUCAAUAGUCCAUCUUUGGGCCCCAACGCCCCUAAGAUAGAGGAUUUGAAAUGGCACUCUGCAUUCUUCAGGAAACAAAUGGGCACAUCUCUAUCCCGCUCUUUGAAAAAACCACACAAGAGAGACAGAGUAAGAACCAGCUCUGGGAACGACAGCAAGCCCCUGCUGAGGCAGCCUGGCCAAAGGGAAGGCGCUGUGGCUCCAGGUAGCUUUUUAAAUUUUGACAAGACCUUUGCAGAAACACGGAUGGUAUCAGCGCAGCAGAAAAACGGCGUAGUUAUACCAGAGCACAGAAAAAGAAGAGACAAUCGUCCACAGUGUGAGGUCAUCAAGGCAGAACUGAAGGAAAAGACUGCUAAACACAACCACAAACCACUGAGACCCACAGAACUCUCUCAGAGGCAAUCAGAAAAUAAAAGGGCUGUGAACCACUCCAGUGGUAGGUCAGCACCUGGCACGCGGAGGGAUAUAGUGCCUAAAUGCAACGGGGGUCUUGUCAAAGUAAACUCUAAUCAGACAGUAGUUAAAGUGCCUACGACACCCACGAGCCCAGUGAAAAACUGGGGCGGAUUCCGUAUUCCAAAGAAAGGAGAGAGGCAACAGCAGGGCGAGAGCCUGGAGGAGACCUGCCACCAGAACUCCAGCUACCCCUGCGUGGGCGUGGGCAGAGUUUCACCGAAGGACAGGGCAAAAAGCAAGCUCAAGCCUGACAGCGAGAAUGAUGGGUACCUGCCUGAUGCCGAAAUGAGCGACUCGGAGACUGAAGUGGCUGAAAAAAAGUGCAGGCAGCAGAGACUCAGUCCAAACAGCACUAUGGGUAGGAGGACGGACAUUAUUAGGAGAAGCAUCCUGGCAUCCUGA